AAUAACGAGAAGGCGGCGCUGCGACGCUUCUCACUACGCAGUGCGGGUGGAAGGAUGUCGGAGGGGAGGAUCCACACCCAGUAUUGACGUUAUUUCUCACCACGGCGGCGUCUAUAAAGCAGAGAAUGGGAAGGAGGACACGGCGUGCUUCUUACGCAAAAAGUCUGAGCGACUAGCUUGUUAUAUUGUUGUUAGCACCUAGCAUUUAGCAGCUAGCAUCCCCGUCGGAAAAAAUGGUGUACCUGUUAAAUCCUAUAGAGAACCUGAGAAGCUACAUCAACACCCGUCCGCCGCUGGUCAUUUUUAUGAUCAGCGUCAGUGCAGUGGCCAUCGCCUUCCUGACCAUCGGUUAUUUCUUCAAGAUUAAGGAGAUCAAGUCUCCAGAGUUGACAGAGGACUGGAACACCUUUCUGCUGCGCUACAAUGAGCUGGACCUUUGUGUGUCAGAGAACGAGACGAUAAAGCACGGUCUGAACGAGUCCACCACGCCAGAGAGCAUGGUUGUGACCAGCGGCCAGGCUCGCUCCAGCACCCAGGUUCCCCUCCUGCUGGACGACUCGGGUGCCAUCAACAUCUCGGUCCCCAUCACCCUCACGCUGGACCCCCAGCGCCCGUUUGGAGGCUACUCUCGUAAUAUCACCCACCUGUACGCCACGGUGCUGGGGCAGCAGGUUGGCCUAUCUGGCCGGGAAGCCCAUGAAGAAAUAAACAUCACGUUCACCCUGCCCGUAUCCUGGAACUCAGACGAGUGUGUGCUGCACGGACACUGUGAGCAGGUGGUGUUCAGCACUUGCAUGACCAUCACGGCGGCCAGCAAUAUCUUCCCAGUCACAGUGCAGCCGCCACACUGCGUGCCGGAGACGUACACCAACGCCACAUCGUGGUACAAGGUGUUCACCACGGCCCGCGACUCGGAUACCAAGUACAGUCAGGACUACAACCCCUUCUGGUGUUACAAAGGAGCCAUCGGCAAGCUGUACCACGCACUCAACCCAAAGCUAACGGUCAUCGUCCCUGAUGAUGACCGUUCCCUCAUCAACCUGCACCUGAUGCACACAAGCUACUUCCUGUUCGUCAUGGUCAUCACGAUGUUCUGCUACGCGGUCAUUAAGGGGCGGCCCGGCAAAGUUCGGCAAACCAACCCCGACUUCUGUCCUGAGAAGGUACAGCAGACACCAGCAGUGCUAUAUGACGAGAACAGGUGGCGCUGUCAGAGGGUUAAAAAGGCCUCAGAGAGUUACGUGAGAACGUACCUGUAACACGGACAAACGCAAAGAAGCAGAAGAAAUAUAAAUAAACAUACCAGUUGCCUAGUGAACCCUGGAAGUACAUUAAGGGACACAACAGCUCUGUGAAUGCAUUACUCUUGCAAUGUUGGGUUUUUCCAACCAAAGAUAUACAAGUGCCUGUAUCUGUCGUGUACAUAUUUGUAGGAACUCUGAUAUUCUGUGCAAACCUUUUUUUUUCUCAAUUCUUUUUAUUUCUUUUGCCUGAGUCCCCUUUGUGCCACGUUCACAACAUGCAGUACAUCAAAAAAACAAACAGCGGAAGGCCCGACCCGAGAACCACGCAGACAUUCUUCUAACAGUCGCUCGCUCUUAUUUACCAACAAGAUAGGAAAAAAAAACAUAUUACUUUGGCGUUUAUCACAUAUUGGAGUUUUCUCUGUAGAUGUUUAGAUUCCUCACGAUGAGAAAAGUAAUGAUUAGUCACUUUAAUGUGUUCAAGUGAACUAAAUGAGCUCAAAAAAUACUCUGCUUGAAAACACAGCGAUGAUUUAAUCUUCACAUGCAUUUGUCAUUGCAGCUUCAACAGGGGAGAUAAUUAAUUGAGCACUCUUUUGUGUUACAUUUUUUAGUGUCAUCAAAAGUCUGAUCAGAAUUUUGACAUUGCAAAAAGAGAAAAGGUCUAUUUAAUUCAACUCUCAAUUAUAUUUAACUAGCAAUUAUGUUUCCCUGUGUGUCUGCAAUGUCAACAAACAAAGUCAAGUAUUUAGAUGACUCAUUUAUUCAUAUAUGAGCAGCCAACGGUGAAUUUAAUGAUUCCCAUUGUCUGUUUGUUCCCCGUUAGGCUUAUCACUAAAUAAGCUGCGGAGCUUCCCGUGGUCUGUGUUGAAAAUUGUUUUUUUUUUUACAGAAAAGUUGUUUUUUCUGCCUUUUUGUUUUCCGUACUCUGGCUUCAGCGCUCAUCUGCCUCUCGUGUGUUUUCUUUGCUGCCUGUCCGUCUUAACGUUGAACAUCUGGAUGAAGUGAAGCGUUCUCUUGCCUUACCGUCGGUGGAGAGCGGACGUGGAGAUGGUCUUCUCUUAUCGUUAACUCACCAGUCCUUUCUUCCACAGCCAUCUUCCUCCUUUUGUUUCUUAUAGAACGACGAACCUGUGGUUUGAAAUCAAACGUGUGAUCUUUGUCCUGUUUAUGUAAAUGUACUCAUGCUUUUAUUUGAAGCAAAUCUUCAUCAUCAUCAGUAUCACGUGUUCAAGAGUUUUACGUAGCUGGUGCACCUUUUUUGAUUUUCUUUUUGCACAUUGUGUCUCAUUUGCUCCUGUGAUUUUUGUCCAAGGUCACAUGUCAACAGUCUGAUAGUUAGCUAUAUGAACCUUGUUUCAGUUGGACUACAAAAUAAAUAUAAUUAUGUAUUAGCACAUAAUUAUAUUUGUAUAGCUAUGAUAAUAUAUUUAUGAUUAAAUCAUUUAAUUUUUUAUGAUUUUGUAGUACGGGAAAAACAUGCAAGAACUCACUUGGCGUGCGAGUGUGUUUGUGUGUGAGUGAGUUAGAGAAAUGUUCCGAUGAAUAAGAGGCGGCUUUAGACUGAUUCUCUGAAAAGCGUCUGGUACUAAAAAGGUCUGCACAGAAACAAAACAAGCGCACCUUUUCCCCAGAAAUGGUACAUUUUCACAGUAAUUGUUGUGACUCAUCUGGAACUCUUUAACUGUAGCUUUAAGGAUUAAAUUCAUGCUCUCCCCUCAUUCAUAUUUUAGAGCACGGCUGACUCUGACAAUCAUUUAUUCUAAAUGUUCUACACGCAUAAUUAGAAAUAAGUAAAAAAAAAAAAAAAAAAAGUGCUCUACUUAGAUUCAAAUCCUGAGUCACCAUCCGCUGUUCUAACACAAAUGUAAAAUCUAUUUCCAUCAAAUUAACCCCGUCAUUGCUGAGAGAAGAUUUAGUGUAAAAUCCAAACCUUCCUGCUGUUAAAGGAAAAGUAGAGAAUAAAUAAGACGGUCUAACUCCGCCUUUAAUAUUUGUUACGUAAUUGCUGAUUUUUACUGACCUCCGUUUUAUUAUUUUGUUCCAUAAUUGACGCACCUGUUGAAUGUACUUUUUUUAUAAGCAGCAUAAUCUAAAUCUGAGAUGCAAGAAUUCCAAGUGAUUUAAACAUAGUUUGUUUUAAUUUGUUUCAUUUUUAAAAGAAGCUUUACUUGAAUCGGUUUUUCUGUUCGAGUGAGAGUUCAUAUAUUUUAUCCGUUUGUGGCCAGAAAUGAAUCUCUUGUCACAUUAUUGUAUCAAACACUUUGUGCAUUUGUUUGAUUUGUGUUUUAUGAAUGAGUGGAAAGUGUUGGGUUGUGAUGCCUUUUUUUUUUUUUUCUCUGUAUUGAAUGACGCUAGGAAAAGUCUUCCUGAUUCAGAUGUGUAUCAUAUUUGAGCAUGGAUCUUUUGCUUCUGCUUUCACGGCGGGCUUGUUUUUUUGUUUUUUUCCGGGGGUAGAUCUGGCAGCUCUUACUGGACGUUUGGGAGUGUUGAAUGGGAAGCAAGUUUUGGAUUUGGCAGGCUGUGUGUGAGUGACGGGAAGCUGAAGAUGUGAAUGAAGAAAUGCCAUUUAUUGCCAAACCCUCACAGUUAACGUCGGCGACCUUCAUUUACCCGCUUCGUAUUCCCUCCUUGGUUAGAAUUGCAUCUCUUUAAUUGCAAAAAAAAAAAUGCCUUAACGUUGUACAGUUUCAUUUAAGUUCACAUAUCACAUAUUGUAAAACACACCAGCUACACAGGAACAAACGCGACGCUCGUCUCAUCACUCGUGAGCUGCAGGAGGCUCACUUUACUGCGCUUGUACAUUUAGAGAACAACAGAUUUUCUUUUUUUGUUGAAAAAGGAGCAGAUGCUUGCUGUUGUAGUUUUUUUUUAAACUACUCCACUAUAUCACUAAGGACUGGAGUAAAAACAGAGGGAGCCACGCUCUCCUUUAUCGCAGCAUCUCUCC